AUAUACAAUCUCCUCACUCUCAAAUCUUAACCUUCCCAAAUCCAAUCCCACUCUCAAAUCCCAGUCCAAAGUUUGAAGCUUUUCUUCAAUGGCUAGAGCCUCUUUUUUUUUGCUGCUACUUCCCAUUUUCUACUUUGUUGGCACAGCCAACUCUACAGCCACAACAAGUGAUACAAAUUUCAUAAAGAGCUCGUGCAGCGCCACCACCUACCCACAAGUCUGCAUCCAAUCCCUCUCUUCCUACGCCACUUCAAUCCAGCAAAGCCCUCGGCAGCUGGCCCAGGCUGCCCUGUCCGUGAGCCUAACCAGGGCUCAAAAGGCCAAGACAUUUGUGACCAAGUUGGCCAAAUUUAAGGGGCUGAAGGCUAGGGAGUACGGAGCUGUCAAGGACUGCUUGGAGGAGAUGGGUGAUACCGUGGACAGGCUCAGCAAAUCAGUCCAGGAGCUAAAGAACAUGGGCAAAUCCAAGGGCCAGGAUUUCGUGUGGCACAUGAGCAAUGUGGAGACUUGGGUUAGUGCUGCUUUGACUGAUGACAAUACUUGCCUUGAUGGGUUCUCUGGCAAGGCCUUGGAUGGCAAAAUCAAGGCCUCAAUCAGAGCUCAGGUGCUUAAUGUUGCACAGUGCACUAGCAAUGCUUUGGCCUUGUGCAACAGGUUUGCCUCCAAGCACUGAUGACAGCUGCAGAUUCUGAAUCUGAGUUUUUGUUUUUGUUUUGUUUUUUCUUAUGUAAGAACUAUUUUGAUGUGGUUUGGUUUUGAUAUGUAUAGUUCAGUCAGUAUGUGAUAUAGAAGAGAUGGAAAAUAUGCUUUAAGUGUUCUGAAUCCUCUGUCUGUAUGUGUGAAGCUAUGAAGGCUGCUUGUUUUGGUAUCUGGAUUUUGGAACUUUUGAACUGUUUUAGACUAUUUCAAGGGAGGCAUGAAGGAACCCCAUGUCCGUACAACUACUUUAUUUUUCUUUUGGUAAAAUAACAGUUGAACUUUGGCUAUAA